GGUUGCCUCGGCCCUACUUUUUUUUUAUUUUCCUUCUUUUCCUUCUUCUUCCUUCUUCCUCUUGGGCAUUAAUAUCUCUUCAUCUGUCCCCGUCGCAACUCUCUUCAUUCCUUUCUUCUAUAUACUAUAUUACGCUCCGUGCGACGUGUAAAUACCGCAAAAAUGGUUGAGAAGCUCUACGUCACAUACAACGAUGUGCACAAGAUGUGCCAAAAGUCCGCUGAGAAGCUUCUCGCCGACUUCCAGCCCCAGCUUCUGAUCGCCAUCGGUGGCGGUGGUUAUGUUCCCGCUCGAAUUCUCCGAUCUUUCCUCAAGAGGGCCGGCUCUCCCAACAUCCCCAUCCAGGCCAUCGGUCUCUCCCUCUAUGAGUCUCUCGGCAACGAUGAGGUCGAGGCCCCUGGUACAAAGGUCACCCGAACACAGUGGCUCGACUUGACCGCUCUCGGCGAGAUGCAGAACCUCGUCGGAAAGCGAAUCCUUAUCGUUGACGAGGUCGACGAUACCCGAACAACCCUCGAGUACGCUGUCAAGGAGCUUGAGAAGGAUGUUGAGAUCGCUCGUCAGCGCAUGGGCGCGGACGCUCCCGCUCCCAAGACCGAGUUCAGCAUUUUUGUCCUCCACAACAAGGACAAGCCCAAGAAGGGAAAGCUCCCCGAUGAUAUGCUUGCUACCCGUUACUCCGCUGCCGAGACCGUCGGCGACGUCUGGAUCAACUACCCCUGGGAGGCCAUCGACAUCGACGAGCAUGACAGGAACGCCAGCCUGCAGACCAAGAGCAACUAAGUGUUUUCUGAGAAUUCGGAGUUGGGAAAAUGGCGCACAGAUUUAAACGAGAUAUCAUAUACUUGAUGAAUGAGAUUCCUGAACUAUCGGUUCAAAAGAUUAUCUAUACAAUGAUGCCACCCAAACAGCACCAGACACGAACUAGUUCGAGCUGCAAUGCGAAGGAAUCCUGCGCCUGCUAACAUCUAACACACCAGAUACCCGAUUUCCGGUCGCCUCCUUCCAGUACUUAAGACUUAACUUUUUCAGUUCAUCUCGUCUAUCUUGGACCCGGUUCCCAAGAAAACUCAAGCCUAAGUUCAUCACAAGUAUCUCGCGGGAGAUAAGGGACGGGUAGCGAUCGAUGUAUUCCGGCGAGUCCCGUGACAAGAUAUUCUCGCUCGCGAGAGCGUACGCUCGGAUGAAGCUCUCGUAAGAACACAUCUUCAGCUCCCACUUUUCCCCAUCGGCUUUGUCUCGCGGCAACGGAGGUCGCGGCCAUACUGUAUUGUUAUACACAGCUUCGGCCAUGGCCUUUGUUUCGUCUUGGCCUGGCUGCAGAGGCUUGCAGUCGCCAAAGUCGGUCAUCCACAGCCGCGUAUGACCUUUCUUAUCGGGUGCAAGAUAGAACUUGACCCCAGCUGCAUCUAAGUUGCACCUCCAGUGGAGUAUUGCAAGAGAUACGCCCAUCUUCUCACACCACAAUUCCAGGCGUUGCUCUGUCUCGUGCUUGAGCUGGUCGAGAUACACGGGGCGGGAGAGGAGUCUUGUGCUUAGGGGCUCGUCUGGAGGUGCCAUCAUGCCGAGAUGAACUCGAAACCUGACGUUUGACAAGUUCGGGUCCUUUUUGACUGACUCUCGAAUACUGGAAUCAACAAAUGUGCGGGCAAGAGCGCGGACUGUGGCUGGUUGGAAAGGCGGAAUAAAGCUGGUAACGUAUCCCGCUGUUGCGAUAUCUUGUCCUUCAUGAUCAUGAUAGAUAACAUCGGACACGAAAUCUGGGAUAUAGGGCGAUCUAGGCCCUUGGUAUCGAUCGCAACGGCGAUUGAAUUUGCCCUUGUCACGGCGUCUCGGUCCUGUGCUUAUUUCGAACGCAGGAUCAUCGUGUUGGUCAUAAAAUUUCCGUGUCGCUUGUGUCCAUGAGAGAUCCAUUUGCUUUACGACCAACAUAUGGUUUUGCACCUCUCUCUUGAUAGCCUCGGGAUUGUCAGAAAGUUUAGCGGCAUAUGUUACGCCUCCGACUUGGACUUUGUGGAUGUUUGAGUUGUUGUGGCAGGGUAGCUUUGUGAGUUGGUAUUCCGCUGCAUCCCAGGGUUCCCGGAGGCGCCAGGAGGAGCCAUUGUACGAAGCGAGCUUUCUGGGGUCACAGUCGUACUCUGUGCUGAGAGCAUAUUUGCUGACUCCUUCCUGUGUAUUAGUCGUGUUGUCUUCUUGUGCGAGUAGGGUAACGACGUGAGGAAGGCGGUGCUUUUGAGUGCUUGCCAUGGUGUUAUGGGGAGCCUCUGCUUCAACAGCUGUUCUAAAAAGGUUGUUGAGGUUUCGCGGUGUCGGAGCGAAAUGAGUUGCUCGUGCUUCAGGAUAAACGCCCUGAGGAUGGUUGUGAAUCGCGGAGGCAGAAAACAUUAGAGGUUCAAACAGAACGGCAAUGGAAGCGGGUCAGCGCAAGUCUUAUACGCCAGGCUCAAAGUUUGCGAUACCAAACUGCUCCCACUUUAAAAGUUUAUAUAAUAUAUAGUUUCUUGUCUAUAGUCUAAUCGUCAACUCUAUCAUCCAAACCCCCAAUGAGUAAAAUGAAAACAAGGG